UACAUAGUCCGGUAGCCCCUCCCUCAAGUGAAGUUUACCUAUAGCGUUCGCGGUAAAAACCCAAGACGAUCAGCUGCUCUAUGGUCUCCUCACCAGUAUUGUCACUCCUCCAUGAGUAAAUGCUAGCAAGUUGUACUAGAGGAAGAAUGACACUUUCCCAUGAAUUGCCCACCAUGGAUACUGUUUUCAAGAGAAAUUUUGGACAUUUCUUUCCUAUAUCAGAUACGUGUAAGUACAAGCUGGUGAGACAUGAAAUUGUGGAUGGGAGCAAUGGCACACUGUGCAUAUAUGAUGAUGGAAUUAUCUUCACCCCUCCAUUAUAUCAACAGCGUUACAAGAAAGUUAUGGACAAGAUUAUCUCGGUUAGCAAAGGAGUAUUUACAAAGGUAGUUGACAUAGGAUGUGCAGAUUUAAAGUUCUUCAGAUACCUGCUGAAUGUUCCUGGCAUACAGGAAAUAGUUUUACUUGACAAAGAUGCUCAUGUGUUGAAGGUUAAUGAAUAUCGCAUCAAUCCCUUAGCUGCAGACUUUUUAAUGUUACGUAGACUGCCUUUGAAUGUUAAGGCAGUGUGUGGCGAUGCCAGAAAUUACGCUCCUUUACUUUGUGGGACCCAGGUGAUCACCAUGAUUGAACUAAUUGAACACAUGAAGGUAUCAGAGCUGCCUGAGCUGGUCAGAUGUGUGUUCAAAGACAUAAGCCCUAAACUGGUAAUCAUAACAACACCUAAUGCUGACUUCAACAAGUUUAUCCCUGACCACAUUCCAGGGUCUUUCAGGCAUUGGGAUCACAAGUUUGAAUGGACUGCAGAGGAAUUUCAUCAGUGGUGCCAAGAAAUUGUGCAGAAUAAUAGUGGUUAUUACCUGGAGCUGUCUGGGUGUGGAUUGGGACCUGAAAACACCUAUUGCACACAGAUGGCAGUCUUUGUACAGUCCUCAUUAGGCCAAGAGAAUUUAUUGCCUUGCUUCAUAAAGGAAGAUGUGGCUUUUGAUACUUUUUACCAUAAGUCUGUGUGUACAGAAGAGAUCUCAGAAAGUGCAGCUAUUUCUGAUGUAUCUAAGAAUUCAUUCACUAUAAUAUCUGAAUUUGACUACCCACUUGACACACGUACCCAAGAAGAACAAGACAGAGAUCACACAUUAGCUAGAUUCCAUACUCUGAAGGCCUAUCUUUACUCUAGGGAACAGAGUCUAUGUCUUGACAGGGAAGGAAAUACAGAAGUGGUCAUGAGAGGAGAGAGAACAGAAGAUACAAGGCAAUGUAAAGCAGAAAGAAAGAAGCUAGCAGAUAUAGAACAAAGGAAGAAAAAAGAGGAUAUUUUGGAAAGGAAUAUUAAAAAUGACUUUGAAACCACAAAUUUCGACCUAGAUGAACUUCCUCUAGGGACCCUCUCCUUGAAGAGUCAACUUCCAGAAACAACACCCUGUUCAGGAGAUGGUGAGCUGAUAUAUUUUGCAACGGAACAUGUUGAGAGUGAAGAAGCAAUUGAUUGGAAUAAGGGAACUGAUCAUGAAUUUUUUUUCUUUAUAAUAAAUGACAAAUAUGCUGUCAUUCCAGGAAAAUCGCUCUCAGCAUGGGUGAAUAAUUCUUCAGACCAUAACAUAUCAAACAAUUUUAUCAGUUUAGCAGUUGAAGACGAGUGUUUCGAGGUAAUUGCUGAUGGUGAGAACUGGCAGGUAAAGAUACAACUUUGGGAAGAAUCGGAUUAUUCUGCAGGUGAAAACAAGUAUGAUGAAGACUCUGCUGAAGACGUGAAUGAAAAUGAUGAGUAUGGAUGUUAUACUGAUGAUGAGCAAAGCAGCAAUAUGGACAAGUUUGAUUGUGAAUGCAAUGACAAUGUUGAAACUCCAUUCAAUUUUAGAGAUGAAGACUGGGACUGGGAUAGGGCAGGAUUAGCAGCAGAUGUUAAUGAAGAUGAAAAUUGGAAUUAGAUGACAAAGGGGGUAAAAUAAAUUUAUACAAUUCCAAGAAAUGGAUUUGUGUGUACAUAAUGGUAUCAUUCCAGGUAAUAUGACUGGAAAAGUUACUUUGAAUCACUAUGUAAAAGUAUCCUUAUACGUAUCAAGCUCGUAACUUCUUAAGAUAAUAGUUAUUUACACAAAGGUCAAAUCCAAAUUUUUCAUCGAAUCAUUAUUUGAACAAAAAUCCAAGAAUUAAAUCCCAUUGCUGUUAACUCGAGCUAUUGAAGCUUGCGUCUUCAUUGUUUUCCCAAAAUGAAUUUUGUUGUGUAUUAACUGCAAGACAUAUUACUGCAGGUGAAGUAUUUUUCAUAUUUAUAUUUUACUGUAGAUUCUCAGGAAAUCUACAAUAAUAUAUGUACAUUACUGUAGAUUUACAAUAUUCAUACAUUACUGUAAGAAAUCAUUACAUUACUCAAGAAAUCAAAAUGACUUUCAAUUUAUGUUAGUAUUGUAGAUCAGUUAUUAAUGGGAAUAAAUCCAACAGGAGUGUUGAUGAGGGUUCGAACAUGAGCGCUGGGUGUUUCCAGUCACGCUCUAGUCGACUGCAUCACGACACGGUAAAAUGUCGACUGUGGGAAGAAAUGUCUAGUCGACUGCACUGCGACAUGGUAAACCAUGUCGUGGUGUAGUCGACUAGAGCGCCUCUGGGAACACCCAGUGCAUAGGUUCGAACCCUCAUCAAGGCUCCUGUUGGAUUUGUUCACUGAUAUAUCAUGUUAAUGUUAUGUCUCUGUGUAGUUAUUUAUGUAUUAUUGUAUCAGGAAGUUUUCUUUAUAAAUUAUGAUCUAUAGCAUUAUCACAGCAAUUUGUAAUGUAUGUGGGAAUUAAUUAAAAAGGUCAGACCAUAAAGCAGUUUGUGGGUACAGUAGUGGGAAAGAAAUUGUUGUACAGGGUGUUAAUGCAAUGACUAAGUUUCUAAAUUAUUCUUUAUCAUGUCAGAAUUAUUCGUCUUCAUGAUUGAAGUUUAUUCAGUUCCAUCUUUAGUAGAAUAUUGUAAUUACAGAUACCUAAGUGUAGUUACUGGAUGAGAACUAUGCUUGUGAUGUUUCGUCUUCCCAUUACUUUUUAUCAUAUGACACUUUGAAACUAAUGAUGGUUUUGGCCUUCACUUCCUUUUCACUUAACCAUUUUUCACUUUUCACCAUUUACUGCUCUGUUCGCAAAUUUUCUUUUAUUUUUUCGGCACCUAUGUUUCCUUAUUGUGAAUCCAUGACCUCAUGUUUUUUAGUUACAGGUGUCAAAAAUUCUUCUUUGUCAAUUUUGAUGAUUCCUGUUACCAUUUUGUACAUAAUGAUCAUAUUGCCUUUUUUUUUUUCCUUCCAUGCUUAAUGCCUCCAAACUCUCCUCAUAGUUCAUGUUUUUAAGCUCCUGGAGGCAUUUAGUAGCAUGCCUUUAUUCCAUUUCUUAUUUAUUUAUUUGCUUCUUGCGAUAUUAGCCUUCGCUACUGCAUAUACCAGUACUAAUUUUGAUCUCACAAAUUGCGUGAACUGUUUUUUAAUAUUUCUACAUCCACAUAUUUAAGCAUGGUUCUGAAAUCAAUGCAAAUUAUUGAAAAAUAAAACAAAACAGUACUUAUGCAAAACAGCAUAGGCACUGCUUACAGUCCCCCUUCAUGUAGUCGUCUGGUGAUAGUUUACUAUUCAGAACUGUUACUCGUUCUCUUUCAUUGUCAUUGGUUUUUAAUAUCUUUUAACGUAAUUUAUCUGUUCUCUCCUAUUCUGCAUUCCAUUAUGUGACAUAAUGUAUAUUGAAUUUCAUCUGCCAUGUGUUGCUCCACUCACUCAUUGUAUCUAGAUCAUUUUGGAGGGCAAUACAGUCUUCCAAGUCCCCAAAUUUCCCUAACAAAUUCAAUCAUCUACAAACAUGUUCAUGUAAUUCCUAUGGUAGAUCAUUUAUAUUGUUAAUAAACAUUACUGGUGCAAGAACUGAACCUUAAGGUACUCUGCUAAGGACAUUUUUCUAGUCAGAUACAUUGCCAAUCACUGCUUGCUUUUGUCUAUCUGUAAAAAAUUUCUCAUCCAAUUUACUUCCAGUAUGGGUGUAGUCAGUCCCAUUUUUUAUGUGCUUAUUUUAUCAGGAGGCCUGGUCGACGACCGGGCCGCGGGGACGCUAAGCCCCGGAAGCACCUCAAGGUAACCUCAAGGUAGGUAACAUUUAAGGGUAAUUGGAAAGAUUAAUGUUUACAAUUGUCCUGUACUGCAGCUAGUAAUUGUAUAUUGCACAGGAUACUAAACAAUGACAAAUAUACAACCCUUCAAAUUGUAUGCUUCUGAAUUGAGAAUAAUUUUUCUUUGUUUAAGAAUGAAUUUAUUAAUUAUUUUUAGUUCUUGUUAUUAGGAUGCUGUUUGGCAUUAUGCCAAUACUAGAGGAUAAUAAUAGUUAAUCUUGGGAUCUGAAUAUAUUGUGUUUGCCAGAUUUUUAAAUAUGGCAAAAAUCAACCCUUUAAUUAAGCCUGGUAAUUGAAAAUUAAAUAAAUAUCCUAGUUACUCUUGAAUUAUUAAGGUUUCAAGGUUACUUAUACAGUACCAAGAUUAACUAAUUCAUAAUUUGAAGUGCUUUGCAAUUUCAUCCAGGUCAGAUUAAUUGAUUUUGUGCAAUUAAGUCACAUUAUUAACACGGUUGAGGAGUCCAGUUCUAUUCCUGAAAAGGAUAGAAAUGGUUGGGCACAUUUUCUUUCAUCUCUAGCAGUAAUUAGGUACCCAGGAGUUAGGCACCUACUGUGGAGGAUGCAUCCUGGGGAAGAUCAGUAGUGCGAUCUUGGGAAGACCUCGAUGCAGGUCUAAAGUACUGCAUAUGCAGUGUAUAUGUAGGCGUCCUGUCUCCAACAAAACUAAUUACAGUAUAAAUUAUUAUACUGUAUAAUACUGUAUUUUACCUUGUGCCUUAUUUUUUAGGUCAGAAUAACAAGUAUAUUUUCUUUCAUCACUAGUCUUCUCUGGGAAGGACCCCUAUGUAUUUCUUCGAAUCUAACUCCGAUUCCACCAAGCAUCUCAGACCCUUCCGUUGCUUACCAGAAUCCGGCUUUCUAUUAGGUGAGGGGAGUGCAAGGAUCAAAGGUCAACCAUAAAACUGAUGAAACCAACCAAAAUACAUAGGCACAACAAAACUAGUGACUGCUUGAAGGAAAUUAGGCACCCACUAGGUCAACAAAGAAAAUAAUUGUUGCCAUGGGUUGAAUACCCUGAUUGAUUUGCUUGACUUCCACUAGGUGACAGGCCAGGUCACUUGAGAUCUCCGCUAUCUUGUUCCUCAUUCUUUUACUUCAUAUCAGUUCAACACCGCUGUCCCCCUCUGCAAGACCCAUUGACAACUCAAUUUCAGCUAAGUGGAUUUGGCUUUUACUUCAACAUUUUGCACACAUUCUUGCACAGGCUCCCAUGUGGCUGGUUCCACCCAAGAGUCCAAGCCUUCUCACUAGUUAUCCCGGUUGGGUUUUUUUCCCUGGGGCUUCACCUCUUCUUGGGGUUUGCCAGUGCAUUCUGCUUCAUUGGUUCAUUGGCUCUCUACUGUUCAUUUGUGUACGAGGUAUGCCAAAGUAAACUGGUUUCUUUUUUUUUUUACUGUGGUGUUAUCUUUUCUGUCCUGGCUCUUCUUGAUUUGCUGAUUGCUGGCUACACAGUAAUCACUCAAAAUUAGGAUCAUAUUGGGCAGAUUCCUAUGAGGUAUUCAUUUAUGCAAGUUUCAUGGAAAUUAGAGCUGAGCAGUUCAUGUACUAUCUCCACAUCAAAUUUGGCCUUGGUGGCGACACCCUUACUAGUGUUUAGAGUGUGUGUGUGUGUGGGGUGGGGGGGUGUCCUAGCUUUCUAAAAUUGUAUUUGGUGUUCUUUGACCUUCACCACUUGGGUUGGAUGGUAAAGCAACGGUCUCGCUUCAUGCAGGUUGGCAUUCAAUCCCCGACUGUCCUAGUAGUUGGGCACCAUUCCUUCCCCCAGUCCCGUCCCAAAUCCUUAUCCUGACCCCUUCCAGUGCUAUAUAGUUGUUUUGGCUUGGCGGUUCCCCUGAUAAUUCCCUUCCAGCCAGGAGACACUUAUGAUCUCGGUCCUGUUUUGCUCACUUAGCCCUAACCCCAACAGUGAGAUAUGCUUGUUGUCUCUCACAUAUAUUGUUCCAAACAUCUUCAUUCUUUGGUUUGGGCCUUCCUCUCCUGCUGGUCUUCACCCAUGAAUUUGCUGUCUCCUCCUCCUUUGGAAAAGUUGAUAUCCUUUAAUGAGGUGCUGUUGUGAGCAAGCUCGGGAAGCUACUGAGGAGUCCCUCCCAGAAAUAGUUUUGAAUGUAAUAAAACUUCCAUUUCUGAUAGUUUCCCCUUGUAGCUCCUCAUCCUGUUCCCUCAGGUGACCUAGGCUACCAUCUAGUGGUGGUCAGGUACAUCAAAGUCAGGGUAUUUUCCCUGACUGAUUUACCCUAUUUAUCAGGGUAUUUACCAUCCACGGGUUAUGAUAUGUUGGGCUGCGUCUUGAUGUGCUGACACCUGGUGGUCUCAGAAUUAAGCUUUGGAGAUGCUGGUGGCCCACAAAAAAUAAGUUUAAUUACAUUUACUACCUCAUUUUUUAUCCUCUUUCUCCAAAGCAAUAUAUGCAGUUUUAAAAUUUAAGUUCCAAAUUAUUUUCAAUAAAAAUCAUACAUCAUUGGCUCAUAUGAAAGUGUACUGUACAGUACAGGUACUUCAGGUUCUGUGAUUUAAUUUUAUGAUGACAAAUAUUUUAUGUUAAGGGAAAUGUACAAUUUUACAUUAUAUUUAUUGAAAAGAGGAAAAUGUACAAUUUUAUAUUUUAUUUAUUGAAAAGAAAAAAAUGUAACAUUUUAUAUUUUAUUUAUUGAAAAGAGCUAAA